GUUGAUUUAUGUGUUACCAAUUUUCCAGACUAAUAUUUUAACCAAAAUUAAGCUUUUAAAUAUGGUCUCAUGAUUUCAAGCUGGUGGUAGACAAAGCACAUGAUAAUUUCACUCAAACUCAACAAUAAAUAUUGUGCCAAAAAUGUUGUACAACAAUAUGUUUGUUAAAUGCCAUAUACGCCAGUUUAUAUCAUUCAAAUAUAUCAUAUCAUAUUAAAUACCCUUCUUAAUAUGCAGUGUUUGCCACAUUGCACAAGUGUGUGCAUUUACCAGGUAUGCCAUGUUGUCUUUUAAACUGUCUAACUCUAAUGUACUGGUAUUUGGGUCUUUUGAUACAUCUGCGACCCUAAGAAGUCUUGUACAUUUCACACUGGUGAAUGCUGUGGAUAGCAUUUGCAGCAUUACUUAAACUUUAAAAAAAAAAAAAAAAGUUGUUUGUGAAACAAGGCAGAUAACCUGCGUUGUCAGUGAGAAUUUCGCAGACCGUUACGACUGUUUUCACUUCUGAAGCCUGAAUCAGGGCAUUGUCCUUACACCGGAAAUAGUUAUCUUACGACCAUGUUUGAAUUUGAUAUGACACAGUGCACAAACGGUUGGCACAAUUGAUAGCAAAGUCCUUAUAGACCUCCCUUAUAAUGUCUCUGUUGAUAACCAAGGAUUUAUAGCCCAUAUCGAUUCAAGAAUGACCUCGUUUUCAACGAACCCGUACUUGGGGUCAAACCCCUCAUGCAGGAGUCUACCAGGAGAGGGAAGUCAGGUGCAGCCCAAAGCCCAGCUCCUGCAGAUUCUUCGUGUGGCAGGUGCCCAGGAGGACGUGUUCACUCUGAAGGAGGUUAUGCACUACCUGGGCCAGUACAUCAUGGUGAAGCAGCUGUAUGACAAGCAGAGGCAGCACAUAGUCCACUGUCAGGAUGAUCCUCUGGGAGAGCUGUUGGAGGUGGACAGCUUCUCCGUGAAAAACCCCAGCCCGGUGUAUGAGAUGCUGAAGAAGAAUUUAUUCGUCCUUAACUGUGCUGAUGCAGCAAAGAAUCUUUCUCUGGGCAAGGAUUCUAGUGAAGGCCCGAGCGACGAUCCUGGUCAGGUCCCCAGCAGCGUGUGUAGACUGGGUCUGGGUCUCGGCAUGUUUGGAGGCGCCGGCGGCUGUCCCUCGCAGACUACCUCCCAACGGAGGCCACGAGAGAUGGAUGAAGACUCAUUAGAUGGCCUACCAAGAUCAGCGUGUAAAAGGCCAAAGCUUGACGUCACACUGGAUGAGUGGGACCUGUCAGGGUUGCCCUGGUGGUUUCUGGGUAAUCUCCGUAGUAACUACUCCCGCAAGAGCAAUGGCUCCACCGACAUUCACACUAACCAAAUCUCUCCCGGGCAGGAGGACGACACGGCCAUCGUGUCGGACACCACGGACGACCUGUGGUUCCUGAACGAGGCGGAGAGCGAGCAGGUGAGCGUGGAGAUGAAGGAGGCCGCGCUGGAGCAGGGCAGUGACGCAGAGUCGCCCCCCGAAGACGAGGAGGGCAAUAACACCAGUGCCACCAAAGACAAGGAUAAAGAGAUGUCCGAGGAACUAGAUGAAGACUCUCAGUGUUUAAGUGAUGACACAGACACAGAGAUAUCUGUACAGGAUGCCUGGCAGUGCACAGAGUGCCGGAAGUUCAACACGCCUCUGCAGAGGUACUGCGUCCGCUGCUGGGCUCUGCAGAAGGACUGGUACCGUGGCUGCCCUCGCCUCGCCCACUCACUCUCCGUCCCCGACAUCCCAGCAUGCAGUGGGCGCCCCCGAAAAUGCUCUGGAAACCAGGGACAAGAUGACGAGGAUGACGAUGAGGAUGAUGAGGAAGGUUUGGACGUGCCCGACUGCAUGAGGACCAUCUCUGACCCAGUUAUCUUACCCUCACACGUGGCUGCGCGUGACUGCCCACUGCCCCCCUCAGCGAAGGGCAAGGGCCCCCGCCGGCUGCCCCCCUCAGCCGAGGCUCUGUUUCAGGAGCCGGGUGAGAGCUCGGAGGGGGACAGCCAGGAGGGGCUGCUGGACGAGGAGAUGGCGUCGCGUCAGAAGGACCUGCUGGAGCCGUGCAAGCUGUGCCGCGUGCGCCCGCGCAACGGCAACAUCAUCCACGGGCGCACGGCCCACAUGCUCACCUGCUUCCCCUGCGCCCGCAAGCUGCACAAGUUCCACGCCCCCUGCCCCGGCUGCGGACAGAUCAUCCAGAAGGUCAUCAAAACCUUCAUUGCAUAAUCCCUGGAUGUUUUCAUCUAGAUUACCUUGAUCCUGAUUUGUUCAUUUCAUUAAAACCCCUCGGCCUGAUUGGCUGUCUUUGUGAAGAUUUCAUCCACUGAUUGGCUGUCUUGAUGAAAGCCUUUAUUCACUGAUUGGCUGUCUUGAUGAAAGCCUUUAUUCACUGAUUGGCUGUCUUGAUGAAAGCCUUCAUUCACUGAUUGGGCUCUUUUCAUAAAAAUCAUAUUGUCUGAUUGGCUCCUGUUAUGAAGACCCCUCAAUGCCUUCAUUGGCUGUUCCAUGAGGAUCUGUGUUGCCUACAUUGGCUGUAUUGAUGAAAGCCUUCAUUCACUGAUUGGGUGUCUUGAUGAAAGCCUUCAUUCACUAUUUGGGCUCUUUUCAUAAAAAUCAUAUCAUCCGAUAGGCUCCUGUUAUGAAGACCCCUAAAUGCCUUCAUUGGCUGUUCCAUGAGGAUCUGUGUUGCCUACUUUGACUCUUCCAUGAGGAUCUGUGUUGCCUACAUUGGCUGUUCCAUGAGGAUCUGUGUUGCCUGCAUUGGCUGUUCUCCAUGUUCCUUCCUUUAAACUUCACACAAGAAGAAUGUUUUUCUUUCUUAUUGUAUGGCAACCAGGCUGCAAGUUCAACCCUGACAGUUCACUAACUGAAAUCCAAAUUGUUCUGAAUUGUUGUACAGGACUACAGACUGGUGAACAGUGUUGCCUCCGACUGAAUUUCACUUUUGAUGUUUUGUUUGUUUGUUUCACCAACUGCUGCCAUUCAAAAACUAGCUAAGAGGAACCAAGACAGCAGCUGCCUCUUGAUUGGUUCUGGCAGAUUUAGGUCACACCCGGGCUAGAUCCAUGCUGUUUACAGCUGCUAUCCGACCUUAAGAAGGUACCAUACAAGCAUUUAACUAAGACUUCUGAAGUAUUCUCUAGAAAAGCAUUCAGUGCGCCAGUGGUCUCUACCGUGUGUAAUUAAUGGAAGCAAAUCAAAUGAAUGAAUGAAAGAAAGAAAAUUAGAUGCUAAUAAGGGAGGCCAGCUGAUGUGUAUUAGAACCUCACAGGUAUAUAUGUGGAAAAUGCUCUUAACAACAGAAGUAUUUAUUGAUCUAUUUAUUGGGGGGGGGGGGGGGGCAAUAUGUAUAUUCUUUCAGACUGGUGUUAGUCUAGAUUGAAGUAUUUACUCAAGUUACAUGAUGCAAAAUGCAGUUUGUAUGGUUAAAAAAAUAAAUAACAAUACAUGUGAAGCUGUAAAGAGUAUAUCUGCUAAAAGUACAUAGAAUGUUUCCAUGAGAAUAAGAUGCUUUUGUGUGUCCACUGCCCUGUGUAGCUCCUUGACCUGUGACCUUUACAUGCUCUCUCUAUGUCAGGUCUCUAUUAGCUGGCGGUCGAGUCACACAGACUUGGUGCUGGCCAACAGGUGACUCCAGGUAUGAUGAAUCUGAACUCUGACCUCUGUCCAGGUGUGCCAGACCUGCUCUCUGCCUCACACUGCAGUGCCGUGGCUGCAAGAUUUUCCCAUCAGGCCUUGCUUUUCCUUCCAUUACCUGUGACUGGUUGGCUUUGCCUUUCGACCUGUAGCCUAUGUCUCACGUUUCCAUGGAAACAUUUGUCUUUGCCUCUGCUGCUCUUCAUAAAGCGUGUGUAUGUAAAUGUGUAUAUAUAUUUAUAUAUAUAUAUAUAUAUAUAUAUAAUAUAUAUAUAUAUAUAUAUAUAUAUAGGUACACACAUAAGAGGACCUGUAGUCGGGUACUUAGUGUAAAGAGAUUCCUGCUUGUCGUCUGGAUGUGACGACCCCCCCGCCCCCUCGCUCUGCCUCCCCAGUGCCUCCUAAUGCAGCAGCCUCUCUGGAGAAGUGAAGUGUGUUUGCUGCUUGUUAGCCGCCAUUUGCGGUGCCCACAUUUUUUUUUCCCCUUUUGUCCUCCCUGUACACUUUUGAUUUUCCACCCGUUAUAUUUCAGUUCUUGUUGAGCUAAUGAGUUUGCCUUCUGAUGGGUUACAUCAUACUUCAUGCAAUCAGCAAGCAGGCAGGUUGUGCAGGUUUGUUCUGACUUGUAAAACAUUGAUGUGGUGCCUCACAUGUGUAGAUGAAGGGGGCUGUUGUGAGCUGAUUCUUAACUAAUAAUUCUUGUAUGAAUAAUUUAUUUCAUUUCUUAUGAGGCUGUUAAUUGUACUGUGCAAAUUGAGUUCAGUUUAAGUUUGAUGAAUUUUUGUAUUGUUGGGAAAAUGUUUUGACCAAAUUCAGAAUUUGUUCAUGGUGUUGGAGUUGUUUGCAUUGGGUGGUGACAUGUUAUGACUGCAAACAGCAGUGCCUUGUUAUAUGAAGGGGUUCUGGCUGAUGCUCAGCCCUGAGCUUGUCUUCAGCUCUCUCCUUUGACUGGAAGAGGGCUCUUAUGAAUGUUACAGAGCCGUUUUAGUGACCUGGAAAACGACGUCACCAUGAAGACCGCAGAAGAAGAAGCCUCUGGAGACUUCUGGGUUGCCAAGUGUGUGGCAUUAUUCCCCCAGUGGCCCCUGGUCAGUGUGAGGGGCCCAGUCCUCCAGUUCUUAUUCUCAUAGGGCUCCUCUGGGGAGUAGAUCAGUGCGUUGCCAGAUCUUUGGGGUGUGAUUCCUCUCACUGCUUGUUUUUUGGAGCUUUGGGAGGAUCCCACCCUCAUGGGCACUAGUGCGUGAAGGGGCAGCAGAAGUAUUACUGGCCAUUUGGAUCCACACACACAUUCACACAGAUGCUCACACAUACACAGAAACACUCACUUGCUCACACGCGCACACACACACACAGAUAUAUGUCAGUUUAGCUUUCUCUUUGAACUUCUCGGUUGCCAUCCACUACGCAGACACAAAUGCGCGCACACACACACACACAAGUCGACAUUGUGGUCAGAAUCUGACUUAACAGUAGGGAGCCUUUUCAUUUGCUGUGUGGGUGAUUAUUAUUCUUUCAGCAAAGUGCUAGAUGAGGAGGACAACUGCACACUCUGCAAGGCUGCCUUUUUAGGUUCUGUGUUGUAAAUACUUUUGUUUGUCUGUCUGUUUGUUUGUUUUUGUUUUUGGAGCGCUGUGAGCGUUUGUUGAUGUGGUUUAGGCACUUAGAGCUGUGAGUGUUUGUGUUGAUUGAUUAAGGCCUAGCAGCUCACCUCUGAUUCCUCCCCCUGUGGAGGGGACUCCGUACUCAGCAGCGCCCGCACCAGAGCCAACCAUUAAAAGCCCAUUUCCACGUGGCUGAUGACUCGGUCGCGUCGGGACUAGACCUCGUGUGAAUGGGUUAGAACCAGACCGCAUUAGAACCGGUCCACAUUAGGGGGCCUUUUGGGUAAAAGCACUGGGGAUGUUGCUUCAUGGUGCAUAGCAACGUGUAGGACCAUCGUCCAUUAGUUAGUUAGCUGUUAGUAUUGAUAUCGCUGACUUGUACUACUUUGGAGCACUCUCUUCCCCUUGUGUUGGUCGCUAUGGGUAGCGCCAUUUUAUUUUGUUUUUAUUUGCUAAAGUCACUGCCGUGAACAAUGUUUGUUUCUGUUUAUUAUUGUUGUUAUUAUUAUUUUGUAAUUAUUUGUCAUAGAUUGUUUAUACAUUCAUGUAGAUAGGAAUUAUAUGUGAAUGUUAAAUAAACUAAGUUAAAUCA